AUGUAUAGAAUAAUGUUUAAUAGUAGUCAAACUGUACUUCCGCAAAUUGCCAAUAAUCUUAUUGGAAGAAUUUGUCCAAUCCUUUCAAGAGGUAGUUUUUCAACAUCUACAGGUGGCGCUAUCAAUUCAGCAAUUAAUGUUGCAAAUUCUUCAUUAAGUAAUAUUUUAAGCAGUACUACUACCACCACCACUACCACUAAUACUGCCGCCAAUAGUAGUACCAAUGCUAAUACUACCAUCACUACUGCUACAGUUGCUAAUAAUACUACUACAAAUGUUAUUCAUCCAUCGACAUUAACACCAGAGAAUGCAAAGGAUUUUUUUGAAAAAUGCCCAUUUGCAAAUGUUGUAGAAGAAGGUAUUAAAAAAGAUCAAGAAAAAGGUUUAGAAGUACUCUCUGAAUUAAUGAAACCAACCAAUAAACAAUUGAUCGUUGAAGAACAAGAAACUAUUCUCUCUGAGAUGAUUGAAAUGAAUGAAAUUAAAACAAUGGAAACUUUAAAUAAUGGUAAACAACAAUAUCAAUCAAGUUUUCAAGGUGUAAUUACAAAUUUAAAAGAGGAAGGUAGAUAUAGAGUUUUCACAACAAUUCAAAGACAAGUUGGUUCAUUCCCAUAUGCUAAACGUUAUCAAUCUGCUCAAGAAUAUAUAACCCCUUCAAAAAUUGAUAUUGAAUGUGAAGAGGAAGAAGAAGAAGAAGAUCAAUUAAAUAAUAAUAAUAAUAAUUAUAAUAGAAAUAAUGAAGAACUUAAUGUUUUAAAUUUUAAAAAGAAAUCAUCAUCAUCAUCAUCAUCAUCAUCAUCGACAAAUAAUAAAACUCAAUCGAAAUCAACAAAGAAAUUUUAUAAAAAUAAAUUAAAUGAAGUUAAUAAAUUAGAACAAAUUCAAAGUUCAGUUGCAGUUUGGUGUAGUAAUGAUUAUUUAGGUAUGGGUCAACAUCCAAUUGUAAUUAAUGAAAUGACAAGUUGCAUUAAAAAGAUGGGAGCAGGAUCAGGUGGUACAAGAAAUAUAUCAGGUACAACCAGUGAACAUGUUAAAUUGGAGAUGGAGUUAGCAGAUCUUCAUGGUAAAGAGAAUGCAUUGGUAUUUGGUUCAUGUUAUAUUGCCAAUGUGAAUGCAGUCACAUCGAUUGCUGCUGCAAUGCCAAAUUGUAUGAUCUUCUCUGAUGCAAAGAAUCAUGCUUCUCUCAUUGAAGGUAUUCGUAAUUCAAAAUUGGAUAAAAAGGUAUUUAGACAUAACGAUAUUAAACAUCUCGAAGACUUGUUGGCUGCCGCCGAUCCAUCACGUCCAAAGUUAAUCAUUUUCGAGUCUGUCUACUCAAUGGAUGGUACAAUCGCCCCAAUCAAAGAGAUUUGUGAUUUGGCCGAUAAAUACAACGCUUUGACAUUCAUCGAUGAAGUACAUGCAGUUGGUUUGUAUGGUGAAAGAGGUGCUGGCGUUUGUGAGCGUGAUAAUCUCAUGGAUCGUGUCGAUAUCAUUUCAGGUACUUUGGGUAAAGCAUUUGGUGUAUUUGGUGGUUAUAUCGCUGCCAAUAAAGAAAUUGUAGAUACAAUUCGUUGUCUUUCACCUGGUUUCAUUUUCACCACAUCAAUUCCACCAUCAAUUGCCGCUGGUGCUCGUGCCUCUGUUGCCUACUUAAAAGGUAGUGUUUUAGAGCGUACUCAACAUCAAGAACGUACAAAUAAACUCAAACAAAUGUUAAAGGAUGCUUCAUUACCAGUAUUGGAUACCGAUAGUCAUAUCGUACCAUUAAUGGUUGGUGAUUCUGUCCUCUGUAAGAAGAUGAGUGAUUAUCUUCUCUCCAAUCAUAGUAUCUACGUUCAACCAAUCAAUUAUCCAACCGUUGCAAAAGGUACAGAACGUUUCAGAUUAACACCUUCACCAGUUCAUAAUGAUGAAUCUAUGAAAAAAUUAGUUGAAGGUAUGAAAGAUUGUUGGAUAAGAUUUGGUUUAAGAAAAAAUUAA